UUUCGGAUCGAUUCAUCCAAUUUUUCUCCCACUGGAAUAAAAUUAUAUGCAUUAUUUGAUCCUAGUGGCACCUUCAUUUGUUCCCCUUUAAUUUUAUUUUCAGAAAUUUUUUGGUGAUGCCAUUUCAUUUUCCACUUUUCCCACAUCUUGUCCAAAAACAAAUCUGCCAGGAGUUUUGCGAUCUUGACGCUCUAAUAUUCAUGUUUGCUUCUGAAAAGUCAAAAAUCAUAGCUACAAAAUCCAAAAAUGAUGCCUUAUCCAUCUUGCAAAUAUGCUUCAGAACUUCCGAAGAUCAUGAUCACUGGUUUGAAUUGACAAAUCACAAUUCCAAUUUUAUGGGACGAAUUUAUUUGAAGAAGGCCAAAUCUGAGGAAGAUUUGCUGAAGCGUGGGCGUCCUUUCACAGUGGAAGUGGAUGAGUUGAAGAUUCCGUUUUGUGUUUCACCAGUCACCAAUACAUUUGACAACAAGAAAAAAGUUUUCCUUACCUUUCUCGGACCAGUGAAACAAUUUCACGAAGCAAUUCAUCUUUGCAUAACUUCCUUAUAUCGACCCACACCAUACAACAAGUAUGAACUCACUACAAAUGUGGACGAUCUCACUUGUACUCCUGACAUUAAGAAUAUGAAAGAGAGCUAUUUAGCGACUAUAAAAUCUGAAAGCCUCAAUGCAAGCACCAUUGACAACUUUUUAUCUAAAAAAACAAGCAUUGAAAAGCUUACAUUAGGAAUGAAAGUUCUCGAUAAUUUUCAAGAGGAUUCAGCUAUAUUUCGAAUGAAAUACUUUUGGUUCACUUAUUCCCUAGAGCAUGCUCCAAUUGUGCUCUCCAAGUUUCAAGGAACUCAUUUAUGGAUGACCGAUGCCAAUAUAAAAAAUGAAGAUAUCAUUUCAUUUUUGAACACUUGGCAAAACUCGGAGUGCGAUCGGAAAAUAUUUGAAAUAAAGGUUUCUGAGGGGAUGAAUCCUUUGAAUCCGGAUAUUGUGUAUGAAGAUAUUGACGUCAGCGAUUGGGAUCCUGCAGAGAGACCGAAAGAGUUUAAUUUUGUGUCGACAUUUUUCCCAGAAAACUUCAACAAAGUCUAUGAUUGUUCCACGUGGAUGGAUAUUAAAAGAUCUGGCGACGGAAAAAUAGCAUCAAUCUGUAUCACUUCUAAUGCAUUCAAAUUUCUUGUCUGGGAUUGAAUUUGUUUUCAGAAUUUUCUCAUUGCUUUCUGGAACCCUUAAUUUUUAUUUUGUACAUGUAAUGAAAAAUAAUUGAGUUUAUAUAAGAAUGAAGCCUGUAAAUUAAAUUUUUCAUUUU